CCCGGCGGAGCCACCCGUGCUCGUUGCCCGAAAAAGGUGCCUUUGUUUCUCCUUCCUUCCUUCCUUCCUUUGCUUUUGUGUCCCGGCAAAAGAUAUCCUCUUCGUGCCGACCCGCGUCCCUUGCCGGGAUUUCGAUCUCUCCCGGAAGGUCUUUCGAGUCUUUCCGGGGGCCCAUCCGAUCAAACCUCGACGUUUUGAUGAUCCGAAGUUUGUACAGAGCUUUCAGUUCCGCAUUGGAGUUGGAAUGAAUCUUUUGGAAGAUUUCAGGGCUCGGGUGCUGGAAAGUCUUUGAUAUUUGUCGCCAAUUGGAUAAUUACACAUGCCUUUUCGGAGAAUGUCACCGAUUCGUUGAUGGUGUUGUCUUAAACUUUGCUCGGGGAUUUGCUGCGGUGGAGGAGAAUCGAGAGUGGUGUUCUGCGAAAUGAGUUGUUUUCCAUGUUUCUCGAGGAGGCACUCCUCGAGAGAGGAAAGUAGUCUGGUCGCAGGUGUCGCCAAGGAUAAUGAGCUAACCAAAAUGCCUGAGUAUCCAACUCAGGAAGCCUCCACUGAAACAACCCAAAAUGAUGCUGGAAAUGGAAAUAUUGCAGCACAAACAUUCACAUUCCGUGAGCUUGCUUUGGCUACAAAGAAUUUUCGACCUGAAUGCCUUCUGGGUGAAGGAGGGUUUGGUAGAGUUUACAAGGGUCGUGUUGAGAAAUCCGGACAGAUUGUAGCUGUUAAACAGCUCGACAGGAAUGGCUUCCAAGGCAACAAAGAAUUUCUUGUUGAAGUUUUGAUGCUCAGUCUGCUCCAUCAUCAAAAUCUAGUCAAGCUUAUCGGAUACUGUGCUGAUGGUGAUCAAAGACUUUUGGUCUACGAGUAUAUGCCUAUGGGCUCCUUAGAAGACCAUUUGCUUGACAUCUCACCUAAUCAGAAACCCCUCAGCUGGUAUACUAGGAUGAAGAUAGCUUAUGGUGCUGCUCAAGGUCUAGAGUAUUUGCAUGAGAAGGCCAACCCGCCUGUGAUCUACCGUGAUCUUAAGUCAUCUAAUAUUCUACUUGACAAAGAUUUCAAUGCAAAACUCUCGGAUUUCGGACUUGCAAAGCUAGGUCCUAUGGGGGAUAAUGUCCAUGUUUCUUCCAGGGUGAUGGGUACAUAUGGCUACUGUGCACCCGAGUAUGCAAGAACAGGUCAUCUGACCUUGAAGUCGGACAUAUACAGCUUCGGAGUUGUUAUGCUUGAGUUGAUCACAGGAAGGAGGGUCAUCGACACGUCAAGGCCAACAGACGAUCAGAAUCUCGUCACUUGGGCAAUGCCGAUGUUCAGAGAUCAGAAGAGGUUCCCUGAGCUAGUCGAUCCACUUUUACGGGGGGAUUAUCCAGCAAAAGGCUUGAGCCAAGCAAUUGCCGUUGCUGCAAUGUGCCUCCAAGAAGAGGCCUCGGUUCGCCCGUUAAUGACUGACGUCGUUAUGUCACUGAGCUUCCUAACAACAGCAUAGUCAGCUUAGCCCUACUUCAUCUUCCAACUUCCCAUGAACAGCAGAGAGCACAUAUAUUGGUCUGGUCGA